GCGGCGGCGGCGGCACCGGCAGCAUCAGCUGCAGUCCUGAGCGGCCUCGGGCGGGGCCGGUCGGACCGACAGUCGGACAGAGGGCGCCAGGGGCACGUGACCCGCCCGGGCCGGCGAUGGAGGGAGCCUCGUUCGGCGCGGGCCGCGCGGGGGCCGCCCUGGACCCCGUGAGCUUCGCGCGGCGGCCCCAGACUCUGCUGCGGGUCGCGUCCUGGGUGUUCUCCAUCGCCGUCUUCGGGCCCAUCCUCAACGAGGGCUACGUGAACGCCGACAGCGGCCCCGAGCUGCGCUGCGUCUUCAAUGCGAACGCGGGCGCCUGUCGCUUCGGCGUCGCGCUGGGCCUCGGGGCCUUCCUCGCCUGCGCCGCCUUCCUACUGCUCGACGCGCGCUUCCAGCAGAUCAGCAGCGUCCGCGACCGCCGGCGUGCGGUGCUCCUGGACCUGGGCUUCUCAGGGCUCUGGUCCUUCCUGUGGUUCGUGGGCUUCUGCUUCCUCACCAACCAGUGGCAGCGCACGGCGCCCGGGCCCGGCACAGCGCAGGCGGGAGACGCGGCGCGGGCCGCCAUAGCCUUCAGCUUCUUCUCCAUCUUUAGCUGGGUGGCGCUCACCGUGAAGGCCCUGCAGCGGUUCCGCCUGGGCACCGACAUGUCGCUCUUUGCCACCGAACAGUUGGGCACUGGGGCGGGCCAGGCCUACCCCGGCUACCCAGUAGGCAGCAGCAUAGAGGACACCGAGACCUACCAGAGCCCUCCCAUCACUGAGACGCUGGACACCAGCCCCAAAGGGUACCAGGUGCCAGCUUACUAGUGGCCACCAGGCCCAGACCAUGGCUGGAAGGCCACCCCAUCAAUGCAAGGUCCAUCGCAGGGCCUCUAGGUCCAGUGCCAGUGACAGAGGGGGUGGUCAGUGUGGACCAUCUGAGGCCAAAGGAGAUAGCCCCCAGGGUGACUGGACUGUGCCCACCCAAGUUCCCCUGAUCUCUGCUUAGCUGCUGGCCCUGGGCCUGAGGUCCUGAGGAGGGGAAUGCACAGCCCUAGACACUUACCCUCUAACCUCUAGUGGACUAGCCUGAGCAGGUGGCCAUUCUCCUCACCAGCCAGUCUGGGUCUCACCUGUCUGCUCUGGGAUCAGGGGUCCAGCUGUCCUCCAUAGCCAGGUGCAGGGCUGCCCCAUCCCCAGGGGCACUGCUCCACUGCUCCUCCCCAUGCCAUGACCCAGGGAGAGUGGCCACUGUUACCCAUCCCACAUCCCUGUUGGUCAUGACGGUCCUUGUUCCCUUGACGGUGGCUCACCCGGAGCCUCCCCGUGCCCUCUCAUAGGCUUGCUUCCAUAGCCUGGCCCUGGCCAUGUUGUGGCUGUGGUCAUGUCUUCAGGCUUCACCUCAUAGUUCCCCGUAAGCAGCCCCUCUGUCUGUAGCCUCUGCCCAGGUAUGGGCAGUUCUGGCCAGGAAGACACAACAUGGCUGCAGGCCUGGGCACCAGCCCUCUCCAAGCCCUUCAACGAAGCCACAGGGAGUCUGGGAGCACCCAGGUGCCUGGCAAGACAAGCUCCUUUCAAGGAGAGGUCAGAGGUCACACUGUUCAUGGCACCCCAGAGAUGCAAUUUUGUGCAAACCCCUUUACCUUGGCUCCCAGAACCAGUCCCUUAACUCCACACCCUGUUUUAAGGCCCAGCCCAAAGUUGAGGUCCUUCUGCUUAGCUAUUCAUGCAUUGCUCAAAGCUGGCUUUUCAAUACCAAGUGUGGUUGCCACAUUUCAUUCUUACAGGCAGACACCUCCCUCUGGAGCUGCAGUUGAGUUACAACCCUGUACAUUGUAGCAUAGACCGAUUAUGUGUGGAUAUUUAAGUGAACAUGUUUACACUUUUGUAUAUAUGGAUCUCUUCCUCCCUCUUCUGAAAGAACAAUCAGUGAUUGUGUGUUUUCAGUGUCCCAUCUUCCAACUGCAGCUUCUUUACAAUAAAGACUGUGAGUGAGUUUACUGUGGCCAAGA